CCCCCGGGACUCCGCACUGCUUAGUCCCGCGCUGCCGCUCCCACGGGCUCGUCUGCUGGGCCCCGCGAAUCCGCCGCCGCAGUCGCCACCCCGCGCAGGCAUGGCUUCAGGUGCCACCCCUACGGCAGUGAAGAUUGGAAUAAUUGGUGGAACAGGCCUGGAUGAUCCAGAAAUCUUAGAAGGAAGAACUGAAAAAUAUGUGGAUACUCCCUUUGGCAAGCCUUCCGAUGCCUUAAUUUUGGGGAAGAUCAAGAACGUCGAUUGCGUCCUCCUUGCACGGCAUGGGAGACAGCAUACCAUCAUGCCUUCGAAAGUCAACUACCAGGCGAACAUCUGGGCUUUGAAGGAGGAGGGAUGCACACACGUCAUAGUGACCACAGCCUGCGGCUCCUUGAGGGAAGAGAUUCAGCCCGGUGAUAUCGUCAUUAUUGAUCAGUUCAUCGACAGGACCACCAAAAGGCCGCAGACCUUCUAUGACGGAAGUCAUUCCUGUGCCAGAGGAGUAUGCCAUAUUCCCAUGGCUGAGCCGUUCUGCCCCAAAACGAGAGAGGUCCUCACAGAGACUGCUAAAAAGUUAGGACUCCGCUGCCACUCAAAAGGGACAAUGGUCACAAUCGAGGGACCUCGUUUUAGCUCUCGGGCAGAAAGCUUCAUGUUCCGCACCUGGGGAGCAGAUGUUAUCAACAUGACCACAGUUCCAGAGGUGGUUCUCGCUAAGGAGGCUGGGAUUUGCUACGCUAGUAUCGCCAUGGCAACAGAUUAUGACUGCUGGAAGGAGCAUGAGGAAGCGGUUUCGGUGGACCGGGUCUUAAAGACCCUGAAAGAAAAUGCCAAUAAAGCCAAAAGUUUACUCCUCACUGCCAUACCUCAGAUAGGGUCCAUGGAAUGGUCAGAAACCCUGCAUAACCUGAAGAAUAUGGCCCAGUUUUCUGUUUUAUUACCAAGACAUUAAACGAGCACGGCUGCCUAGGAGACAAGACGACUUUCUAUUUCCAGUCAUUCGAGAAGAUUCAGCUUAACUUGGAAAAAACAUGGAAAAGACACACUGCUCUCAUGCCGUUGUCUGCUAAGGAAGACCAUGAUAAGACAAGAAGACAUGCACGUAUCAGAGAUGCCUUCUAGAAGGCUUAGUAGACUGCUUCAGAAAACAACCAGUAAACAUGUGGAAAAAUUCUGGCACUUUAGAAAAAAAGAUAAGACCCCAUUUACCCUUCCCCCAAUAAAUUUGUAAUAAUAAGGGGUGGGAGGUAACAUCCGUUUUCCUAUGUUACCAAGGAAAUAUGAAGAAGAAAUGGGAAUUCUUAGGCUAUUUAUUGGUAUGACUGUAAAUUCGUACAAUCUGUUUGGAGGGCAGUUUGGUAAAACGUGUCGAAGGCUUAAAAAUACUUCUACCCUUUGUACUGGUUCCUAGGAAUUUAUCUUUAAAAAAUUAUCAGAGAUACAAGGAGUUAUGUAUAAGGAAGGAUGUCUUAUAUACCAUUAGUUGUAACAGUAAAUAUUCAGAACAACUGAAGAUCAUGUGUUCACGUAAUAUUUCAUGUCCUACAGAAACAGUUGCUCUAUAGUAUGAAAUGAAAGAAGGAUAGGUGCACACAUUGGCAUUGCUAAUUUUGUUUUAAAGUUCUACAUUAAUGUACCAAAAGGCCAGAAAUGGAUGUACAAUCUUUUGUUACUGUAUUUGGGGUUGGGACACUGAAUCAUUUUAAUCUUUAUAUUUUUCUGUGUUUUCACAUUUUUUCUACAAUGAAUAUAAUCAAAUAAUAAAAUUGUCUUAAAAAUAA